AUGAGUAUUCAAAGCAAUUAGCAGGUUUCAAGUGAUUGCGAGUCUAAAAAAAAUUAAUAUCUUAGGCUUUUUUUUAUCAUUUUUACUGUAGGAAUAAACUCAACAAUUUACGCUAGCAUUCCAUUUUUGUUUUAUUAGUCUUCGCUUGAAUGCUUUGAUAAAGAAAAAGGAUUUAAAUAUUAAUGCACAGCUAAUGAAGCAUGUGAUUUAGGUAGCUAUGCAAUAAGUAACCAAUAAACAUAUCCCUAAAUAUUUAGCAUUACCGAUGAUCUGAAUUUAAUUUGUGAUAGGUCAGUUUAUGAAGCUUACAUACUAACUUCUGGGACUGUAGGAAGAGUAUUUGCAUAUAUUGUUUUGAUCUUUUUUCCAGUUUAAAAAGAUGGUAAAGAAUUAUUAAUGAAUUUAAUUACUCUUUUAAUAGGUAUCACUCUAUGCUUGCUUUAAUGGUUUUAAAAUUUAGGCAUGCUAAUAAUUAGCUUUUUUACUUGGUAUUUUUGCACUUGCUUAGUAAGUGGAUUAAUAUUUGUAUACAUGUAAGAAAUCUUACCUGAACACAUUGCAAAUUACUCAGUGACAUUUACUAGCUUUGGUUGGUUUUUAGGUAUGUUUUCUUAUGUUAUAUUUGUAUAUUUCUUUGGUCAUUGGAAAGAUACUCUUGUCUUUUUUAUAGGGUUGCCUUGUAUAAUCAUUUCUAGUUUUAAUUUGUUCUUAUCUCUGCUAUACCCAAUCAAUCGAAAUAGGGAAUACCAAGCUUAUAGCUAGCUUUAAAAUGAAGAUAUUACAAAUUUAUCAAAUCAGCAACAAAGCACAUAAGUUAAUGAAUUUCUAUCCAAUAACAGCAAAUUAAAUACUUAGAGAAUUAUGGAUGAGGAGGAAGAUAACGUAAUUGAGUAAUAGCCUUCUAUUGAACCAAAGCUAUAAAAUAGAAACGAAGAGAACUUAUUAGAUAUAAAGCAAGAAGACAAUAAUUUAGAAUCAAUUGAAUAAUUAUCAGAUGAAAAAAGAUCAUUAAUUAAUUAAUAAAUAGAUUAAGAUACCGUUUUUACAGAAUAAUUGCAGUAAUAACAAACUAAUUUUAAUUAAAAUUAAUUGCAUUAAGUAAAUGAUUCUACAAUACAAAAAUACCUUCCAUUUAUGCUUCAUAAAGAAUUAAGAACUAAUUUUUAUGUCUGGACUUAUUGCUUUGCUUGUAUUGGAAUUAACAAUGCUUGUUGCUAUUACUUUUUAAACUAAAUUGAAGGUGAUCUUUACCUAAAAUCUCUACUCUCAGCAAUUUUAGAAAUCUUAGCUUCGUUUGUUGCCACCUUUUUUGUAAUGGCUUUUAAGGAUAAUUUCAAGAUUUUAACUUCAUUUAUUUUUUCACUCACUGGAUUAGCUUUUUUAGCUUGUAUUUUCUUUUACAAUCCAGAAAAUAAAAUGCAAUUAAAUUAAAAAGAAGACUACUUCAAAAUACUUUUAGCUUUGCUGCCAAUAAUUAUAGCUAAAAUUAAUUUUGAUGUUGGUUGGAUAAUUUUAAUAACUUACUAAAAAUAGCUAAUACCUUUAAGGUUUUAGCAACAGUAAUUUUCAGCUUCAAACUUGAUAACUUCUAUUGCUAUAAGCUUUAUUCCCUUUUACAGUCUUUUAGCCUCUGCAACUACAUAUUUUUUACAAGAAAUAAAACAAGAUAGCUAAGAUGAAUUUUAGAUAAAUGUGUAGACCAAAUCAAAUUUGGCAGAAGAAAAGGAAAAAAACACUAAAAAUACUUGA